UCCCCUAACCUGUAGCGGCCGGAUGACCACUGAAAUUAGGAUCCCACAUCGAUCUUUUCUUUCCUACAUCCCCUCAUUCUUAUUUUACAAUCUUCUUGCUUGUGCCGAUCUGAGCGCACAAAUAUUCAUCCAAUACAAUAGUGCCAUUGUGACGCAGACCCCUUGUGAACGCUAGUGUUGGCCCCCGUGAUCUCCAGCCUCUUCUUGUAAUCACGAACACAACAGCGUGUGUUUUGGAUCGGCCCUUGAGAGCUAUUUGCAUCCCUUUUAAAGGAGGAACAAACAUGCAAAGAACCUUGGUCCGACGCGGUCCCAAGGUUAACCUCUUCCACUCAGCCAGUUGACUUUCCUUGGUCAGCUUCGCUGGUGUGCUAAUGCUUUAUUCGAACGCCCGCGUUUGUGUGGUCAGCAUAUGGUACUUGCUGGCUCUUCCGCCCAUGAUUGGCGCCUUGAACCCUACCGGAGCGUUGCAGCUGCAGGGCCCACCUUUGUCGUUCGGGGAUCGCUUGGGUCUCAUUUUCAUCGCUCAAGCUUCUGCGUGCUCGUGCAUCGCGGUGACAUGCUUGCUCUCAUAUUUCGCCUUCAAUUCCAUCCAAAGUCGUCGCCUUGCGCGUUCAACCCGUCCGAAGCUAAUUAGCACUCACGUCGACGUCUACUUUCUGAACGUACUCCUAUUCGACCUUGUUCACUCAAUCGGUGGCAUUAUGAAUGUGAGAUGGGCAUUAUCUGCCGAAAUCAACCGUGGAUCCUUCUGCCAUUUUCAGGGGAUUCUGAAGAAUAUAGGGGCUCUUGGCGUAGCCAUGUUUAUACUUGCGAUCACCAUCCAUACUGCGGCUGUCAUGCUGUGGAGGUGGAAAGCCCCUAGGAAAGCCACGGCCGCCAUUGUUCUCAUGUUGACCAUUUGGCUUUUCAUCACUUUAGAGAUCGGCCUCUCUUUGGCGUUGUAUCAUCGCCGACAAUAUAUCGAUAUUUCAGGAAUGUGGUGCUGGAUUGGCCCCCACUUUAAAAACCAGCGCCUUUUGUUCGAAUAUGUCUGGAUAUGGAUCACAGCCAUUUUCAACCUGUUGAUGUACAUCCCUCUCUACUUCUCAUUGCGUGGGAAUCUCCAUGUCAAUGGUUUCCGUGUGAAAUGGACAAGUCAAUCAUCAGCGGAUACAGGGCUAGUUUAUGCUAGGACGAGCUAUGCACGUGCAGGAUCGAUGCUUUGGUACCCUGUGGCAUACACAGUAAUUGUCCUCCCAUUCAGCGUAUGUCGUUGGCGUGCAUUCAACAGAUAUCAUGUCUCGUGGACAGCCACCGUUCUCGCAGACGUCCUGUUUUGUUCAAGUGGACUCGUUAACUCCUUGUUGUAUCCAUUAACGAGGCCGUCACUCCUACCAGCGGGACGUCACAAUCGGCAUUCAAUGUCAUCACCUCCCUAUGGCCCCAGCAUUCAAAGGAAUUCAACACCCUUAAACUACCUGCCCAAGGGUCCAACACUGAUGCCACCUGAUUCCCCGAACCCCGUAGAUGGUGGCCACAUUGAGGUCUCCGUACUCCCUGACUUCCUCGCCCUGUCGCCUCAGUCUGAUAUCGCUCCGAGCUUAGAAAGCUGGCCAUCAUCUCCCUGCUCGCGCGGGCGUUCUAGUCAAUCGUUGCUGGACGAAGCCCUUGGCACGACGGAUACAUUUUCUGAAGGACGAGACGGUUAUGAGGCAACAUGGGGUGGAACGGAGACUGGGCUCUCAAGCUCGCGUGCCAAAACAUGCCAAAGAGGAAUACGAGUUUCAUCCUCUCCACCCGAUCCACAAAUGUCACAUCCGCUCUCAGUCGUUGGCCUCCCUCGAACCCCUACCUUUCCGACGCCAGCAGCUGCUGCCAACUGGAACGCACAUCAUCACCCCAUCUUUCGUGCCCUCCACGUGCCAAGCCACCCCCGCAACCUUCAAUCUAGAGCAAUGCCCCAUUCAACACACCCUUCCCACGAGAGCUCGUCUACUUCUCCGCCGAGCUCACAGCCUUCACCGAGAUCGAGAUGGAGGUCUCAAGGAUCGUGGCUGAAUAUGGAGCCGUAAUCUGUGUUCGGCAAUGGCCGGGCGCUGACAAGUGGACACAAGCCCUGUCCCUUUACCUUCUAUUAUUUCGUGCUGUUGGUGUCAUGUAAUUUGCGCAUCAUUGGCCGAGCUUGCGAGACAUUUGUUACUCGUAAGGGAAUUGACGGACCUCCGCCCUUUUUCCCAGUCUUAACGUAUUGUGACCGACUUUCAUGAGAUCCAACAACGGUCCUCGUCUGCUUCCAC